GAGAAAAUGAACAUUGAUAAUACAUUUAAUAAUAUGCGAAAAAUGUAUUCUUCCUUAUUUUCAUCACCACCUUUUAAUAAGUUUGCGGGUUUUAUCCUUUAUGGUUUAUUAUCGGUAGCGUUAAUAACGUUAGCACAGGAAGAUACUAUAGCGAAUAACAAUUGUAUAGUAGAACCCUUAGAGCCAGUUGAGGUAGCAAAGCAAAAAACGAUAGGAUAUGUUCGACUGUUUGGCACAG